UCUUACAUCAACGAGCGUUGUAAAACUUUCGAGAAUACAACCUUUCUUGAAAGACUUCAGCAGAAUGUAGUAAUAUGAACAUGUAGUAGAUAACUACCCUAUCUUGAGUUGCUAUCCAGAGGCUUCUGAUCUUCAGGCCAAUGUCAGGGAACGUCUAGCAGCCAAAAUGAAGAGCAUCCAAACAGCUUUUGUGUGUACCCUUCUAAUUGCUAUGCUGUUCCUCUUCCUAUCCAUGAUGUACUUAACCUUAAACAAGGGCAUUUUUUCUGGUGACAAAAGGAUGAGUGGGAGAGAUGCCAUCCACAUGUUGAUGCACGCCUCCGUUCUCAAAGACAAAAUCAACAAGAUGGAAGGAGUCAGGUCAAAUCUGGAGUUGCUUUUAUCUCCCGAGGUGGAGCAAGAAAGGAACUUGAGCAACGAUGGAGAAACUGACAAGAUUCCCAAGACUAACAAGAACACUGUAAAGGAUAUUGGGAAUAUCUCAUUACCUCUUACUGGAAUAGAUAACAAAUCACAUGGUGUUAAAUUGAACCCAGACAACGGGAAAAACUCGGCACAAACCAGAAUAGAUAACAAACCACCACCAGUUAAUUUGAGCCUCGACCCCCCGAAGAAUAUCAUUAAAGAUGGAGGAAAUCUUUCAAGUCUCCCCGUCAAAAUUGAAGACACUUGCAAAGAGAAGACGAACAUUCUUCUCUUGAAGACCCACAAGACUGGAGGCUCCACUCUACAGAAUGUUCUGUAUCGCUUCGGAGACAUUCGAGAUUUGACCUUUGCCCUUCCGUUGACUGAUGUCUACAUGGGGAGUCCAGUGAAAUUCAAGCCUUCGUUUGCGAUUCGGUCACCGACAGGCCAGUACAACAUUCUAGCGAAUCAUGCACGCUUCCAUAAAGAAAACAUGAGGAAAAUAAUGGCCCCAGGCGCCAAGUUCAUCACAAUCCUCCGCUACCCGCCCAAGCAAUUUGAAAGUACCUACAGCUACUACAAAAUGGAACGCCGGAUGAAAUGCUCCCUGGAAACUUUCGCAGCUUCUCCGAAGAGCUUCUAUAAUUAUGAGAAGGAGAGAAACUCUCGUCAUAGCAGCCUCAACCCGAUGCUGUAUGAUCUUGGAUUGGACAUUCAAGCCAUGAAUGACCCUGUGAAGGUUCAGAACUGGAUCUAUUACAUCGAUGAUGCGUUUGACUUGGUCCUGAUCAUUGAGUAUCUUAAGGAGUCCCUGAUACUACUUAAAGAGAUGAUGUGCUGGUCUUUUGAUGACAUCAUCUACUUUACUAGCAACGCUCGCAGCGGUAUGCUCAUUGAGCAGCUUUCAAAUGCAACAACCAACAAUCUUCUGAACUGGCUGGACGGGGACGUCCGUCUCUACCGCCAUUUCAACACCACGCUCUGGAACAAGAUCCGACAGUAUGGGGUGGAUCGCAUGGCUGCCGAUGUCGCUGAGCUUGAUCGUCGGAAUGAGAAGCUCAGUCAACGUUGCGUCAAGGGAAAAACAAAAGUAUCAAUUAUUGAGAGAUAUAUCCUGAGACCGGAAGCUGCUCAAGAUAUAACUUGUAAGAGAAUAACGUAUUCUGCUUACAGCUACUUGACAUCCCUAAGGCAUAAGAUGAACAUGCGUCGACCUAAGAAGAUAGAAGGUGCCAAUUAGGAAGGGUUGUGGUGUCAGUGUUCUCCCUUAACAGUGGUCCACUAGAGCACAUUAGGACAGGUGAAAAUUCUCUCCAUUUGGCCAUCUGGCUAGUUCGGUGUUUUAAAAGCAUUCCUAUUUAAUAUGAAUAAUGGGCAAGUGCAAAAGCUGACUAAAGAGUGACAUAAAAUAUUGGCCCGUCACCCCCAAAAAUACAGGUAAACCCUGGGCACUCUAUGGGAAAACCGAAAACCAGGUGUGCUUCCCUGCCAAAACUUCAAAGUGGACCUCUUUUUGCUCAUUAAUCAAAUAAAAGCUUUCAAAAUAACAUCAUCUUCUCACUUAUUAUGUCGAGAACAAAACUUUAUAGAUUUCCAGAGUACUGUGGAGCAGCAAGGCCAUUUUCCUUUUGCAAAGGGCACUUCCAUUGGAAAAUCUUCUAGUCAACGGGAAACUUUUGGGCACAAAGGCCAAGACCAGGGGCAGCAGAGGCCAUGGCCUGCAUGUUAUUCAAGGCCUGAUUUUACUAUUUUCCGAAAAGUGUUUAAUUUUUUGCUGAAAAUAAAGAUGGUGUCCCUACAUGUUUAUUCAAAUCAUCCCAGUACUGAAAAGUGCCAUGCACUUUGAAAACAAAAUACAUUCUUUGUUUGUGGAAGGAAGCUAGAAAAAGCCAUCAUCAUUUACUUUUAAUAAUUAAUUACCAUGUUUGCAUUGUUAAUAUGUAGCUUAACCCUACUACUGUUUGACCAGUCAAUAUCAUCCACAUGCUUUUGACUGAUGUCAGCCUGUAACAUGAUUUCAUAAAGCUUGCUUAGCAAAUUGUUUUGCUUAGAAAAGCUGAGUGUGACACCAGUUGCUUCAUGUACAACGUAAACUUCAUGGAAUUUUUGCUGCUAACCAGUUUCUUGCUUAGCAAGAUUUGUCUGUUAUUAGCAAGUUUGUAUGCUUACAGUCUCGCUUAAACUGGGCACAUUACCGUAAUUAGGAGGGAUGAAGAAUCUUUUCAAAGUUUAGAAAGAAAUAUUUAAGGUUACUGGGCUUAACUUGUGGCUGGUUUAUUUUUUAUGGAAUAAAAGUCUUUCAUAUUUAUUUGGUAUUUUUAUAAGGUUACAGGUUUAUUGUUUACCAUUAGAAUAAAAGUAAGGCCUGUUAUAAGGACUGUUAGAAGACGCUUUCUACUUAAAGGCAGUGGACACUAUUGGUAAGAAUUACUCAAAAUAAUUAUUUGCAUAAAACCUUGGUAAC